UUUGACCAUUUUCAAAUAUUGCGGGCCAUUGGCAAAGGGAGCUUUGGAAAGGUAUGCAUCGUGCAGAAAAGGGACACAAAGAAAAUGUACGCCAUGAAAUACAUGAAUAAACAGAAGUGUAUUGAAAGAGAUGAAGUUCGAAAUGUCUUCAGAGAACUCCAGAUCAUGCAGGGCCUGGAACAUCCUUUCUUAGUCAAUUUGUGGUAUUCCUUUCAAGAUGAAGAAGACAUGUUCAUGGUGGUGGAUUUGCUUCUGGGAGGGGAUCUCCGUUACCACCUACAACAAAAUGUGCACUUCAAUGAGGGGACUGUGAAACUCUAUAUCUGUGAGCUGGCCCUUUCUCUCGACUACCUGCAGAGAUAUCAUAUAAUCCACAGAGACAUCAAACCAGACAACAUAUUAUUGGAUGAGCAUGGGCAUGUCCACAUAACUGACUUUAACAUCGCCACUGUAAUAAAAGGAGCAGAAAAGGCUUCCUCUAUGGCUGGAACGAAGCCCUACAUGGCUCCAGAAGUAUUCCAGGUGUUUAUGGAUGGAGGUCCAGGGUACUCCUACCCUGUAGAUUGGUGGUCCCUGGGAGUCACAGCCUAUGAAUUAUUGCGUGGUUGGAGACCUUAUGAAAUCCAUUCAGCUACACCAAUCGAUGAGAUCCUCAAUAUGUUCAAAGUAGAGCGGAUUCACUACUCUUCUACAUGGUGUAAAGGAAUGGUGGCAUUAUUGAAAAAGCUUCUCACGAAAGACCCCGAAAGCCGUCUUUCCAGCCUUGUCGAUAUUCAGAGCUCUCCAUACUUAGCCGACAUGAACUGGGACGCUGUGCUGGAGAAGGCAAUGCCGCCAGGUUUUGUUCCAAAUAAGGGGAGGCUGAAUUGUGAUCCAACUUUUGAACUAGAAGAAAUGAUUCUAGAAUCUAAACCCCUUCAUAAAAAGAAGAAGAGGCUCGCCAAAAACAAAUCCAAAGAUGGAGGGAAAGAAAGCUGUGCCCUGAAUGGACACCUACAGCAGUGCUUAGAAACAGUGAGGAAGGAAUUUAUCAUCUUCAACAGAGAAAAGUUGAGAAGGCAGCAGGACACAAGUGGGCAGCUCCCCAUUGGUGAGAACCGUGUGGCACCCCCAGUUCACGGGAAGCUCCAGGACGGGAGAAACAACAACAUCCUGAGCCAGGCCUGCACACGUGGCUGCAGCUGCUAG